GAAAAGUGCACACUAGAUGUGUGGUUUGAAGUGUUACCCAAAGUAAUUUGUUAUUAUCCAGCUGUGUAGGUGGUUUCUUUUGGUUUACCAUUUAUUUCUUCGCGAUCAGAUCACCACGAACAUGACGGAAUACUGAAGAGAGGCUAAAGCUAAACGAGCAAAAUGAAUCUGCAAUCCUUAUUUCAGGAUUUCAAUCCCAGCAAAUUUGUGGUUCAUUGUUGUUUGUUCACAUUCACGAUAUUAUUCUGCCUGCGCUUGGAUGGAUACAUUGAUUGGCCGUAUUGGGUCGUUUUUGUGCCACUAUGGAUAUGGAAAUCAAUUGCCACACUCGGUGCUAUCGUAGGGGCUAUUAUAUGGUGUCGCUUCCCUCACUACAGGGUAGAAGGUGAUUCGUAUUCACACUUCAAGGCGAUGCUGAUAUCGCUUUCACUGCACCUUAUCCUGCUGAUGUUUGAACUGCUUGCCUGCGACCGCCUCACCUCCGGUCGGCAUCUUUGGGUGCUCGUGUUCAUCCCGCUUAUAUUUGGCAGUGCGGCCAGCGUUGGAGCUUGCGUGUGGGCCGUUAAGCACGAUCGAUCGUUCGAGCUGGAGCUCUUUUGUGCCGUCAAUGCGCUGCAGUUUGUUUUCCUACCGCUCAAGCUGGACGAACUAGUUUCGUGGAGCUGGGAAGUCGUUUUCGUGCCACUGUGGAUUGUGUUGUGUCUGAGUUUGGUAGCCGUGCUGUAUAGCAUUAUAUUUAGUGUCAUAUUGCUGCGUACACCGGAGGUCUCGGCGCAGCAGAAGAAAUCCGCAUUCUACUCGGCCAUUGGGAACUGCGCCACGGUUAUUCCGGUGCUCGUUUUUCAGGUACUGCUAGCGGACAAAUUGGAUAAAGAUCUCGACUGGCCGUUUAUUGCCGUGGCUGGUCCACUGCUGGUCGCCUUAUUCACCCUGAUACUUUUAAGUUUCAACGCAAAAGGUGGAAACAAAUGGUGGUUUGGCAUACGUAAAAACUUUAGCCAAUUCUUGCUGGGAGUUCUUCCAUGCCUACAGGAGUAUGGCAACAUAUCAUAUCACACAGAGAGCGGUCAAACGGUACCACUGGACAGCACCAACUUGCACCUAGAGGAGUUUGAAAAGUAUGACAAAAAGAGCAAAAAAGCACUUACUAAGAAAAGUGAUCACUUAAAACCGGUUGUACCGAUUGUAAGUAUAGAGCUACCUGACUAAAUCUUCCAACAAGAAAUGUACGAAGGAUAAUGAAACGGUGUGAACAAAAGGGACACGUUACUCAUGAACAAACAUUUUCAAAUCAAAUCCGAGAAGAUCCGCAGAGCUACCAUGUAAAAGGCUUGGUAUUUUGUUGUGUCUAAAGGAUUGCAAUUUAGUUUGAAACUUUCCCCAAUGUUUUUCCCUAUCAAGCUAAGGAAUCUGUGGGAAACAUUAGCAGCUAAACCUCUCGGUACAAUUGAGGAAAGAUGACAAUAUUUGAAUUUAAAAAAGAGUAGAUAGUAAAUAUUAUGCGCCUACAUACUAUAGUGAAAGCGAAAAAGGAGGAAACGGAUUUUGGAUGAUUGAUCGGUGGGAUCGGAGGUUGUGUGAACCAAACGGGAAAGCUUAUAGCAUGGAUAUGCCAUUUAAUUUGGUUCGUGUAGACAUAUGUAUAUUUAUCAAAAAGAUCAGAAAUUCUAUUCUAUUGUAAAUAUGGAUUACUAUCAAAAUUUAUUCAGUUUAAAAAUUAAACAACUAUGAACAUAAAGAUGAAGCACCUCAUCGAGAUUGAUUUGUUUGGUCUGAUUUGGGCUUUAAAAUAAAAUGAGAAAUA